GUAUCAGAGUUUGGAACGUUAGGUCUCUCCCACAGGUGUCUUUCACAUAAAGGAUGCCGAUCUGUUGAAACAGCUGAGUUCGCCCUUCUUCUUGGCAUUUUAUUAUUCUUGCAUCGAAGACAGAUUUGAAGUUAAUGUUUCGCCAGGAGGUUGGUGUCCUGUCCUUUAUACCGUCUUGUUCGUACCUUUUUCAAUACGAGCAGAGGAACAUGUCUCGGUAUAAUAUCUACAGUCUGCUGGACUGGAUCUAUGGAGGUGUGGACCCCAUGUUUGAGGGCAAUGGAGGGCCAGAGUGCGCAGCCUUCCUUUCUCCAAAACAGAGAAUACUGGAGACUCUGGUCAUUUUGUUGGUCUCUAUUCUGGAAGUGGUGGUGGCCUUGAAGAAGCUCAAUGUCCCCAAAGAGGUCCGAGAUGUUGGGAGAGAUGGCAGGAAGAGUAAGGAAGACAGCUGGGGCAAGAACCUGUUGCUUGUGGCUCUGUGCAUGACUUUUGGUGUUGAGGUUGGGUUUAAGUUUGCUACAAAGACUGUGAUCUACCUCCUCAAUCCAUGUCAUGUGGUCACAAUGGUGCAAAUCUUCCUGCUUGCAUGUCCCCCCUGUAAAACUGCAAUGGUUAUCUUUAGACUUCAGGUCCACAUGCUGAAUGGAGCCCUUCUAGCUCUUCUCUUUCCAGUAGUCAACACUAGACUGCUUCCAUUUGAAAAGGAGAUCUAUUAUAUUCAACACUCCAUGCUGUAUCUUGUGCCUGUCUACCUCUUCAGAAAAGGAGGUGAGUUUCUGAAGUAUGGUCGAACAGUUAGUCCUGGGUUGUAUUCUAGAAAUUCAUAACCAUGUGACAUACCU